AUGACAGAAUCUAUUCCCAGGAAAAGUUCGCUGAGCUUCCUCAAUCCUUUCAGGUCGAAACAGACUGGAAGUCGGUCUAGCUCCAAGGCGAAUUCCAUCUCAGAUCUCGACGUUGAAGACUUGAAGGCGGUGGCGCAAAAAGCCCCUCCCUCCAAUAAACUUAGGAAACGCUCCUCUCCAGCGCUACCUAGCAAGAAAUCCAAUAUAGACCCCAGAAAGAACCCCCAAAAACAGUCCCGUCAAAUACGAAAUGCUUCAUUCCCAGCAAUAUCUGUCGCUGAUGAAUGGGACCGAGACGCACAAACGGGUGAACGCAAGGAUCACACCGAGCUAUUGCACAGCCUUGCUCACCGAGACUCGGAGGAGUCGCUUGCAGACAAAACCGAACUAUUGUUUAGAGACAUCCCUCCUCAGCCAGGAUCAGCAUUCUUGUCAAGGCUGCCACGAAGAAUUUGGGACCAAAUUGCCCAUGAUCUGCCACUAGCUGAUGCAGCAAGUCUUGCUCUUUCUUGCAAGUCUUUUCGAGACCUUGUCGGCACGUCGGUCUGGAGCAGUCUCAACAAUAAAGAAAACUUCGAUUCGAAGACUGAUUUCCUUGGACGACUCGACAAACAGUUACCAGACCAUCUCCUCUGCUUCCCAUGCUCAAUUUACCAUAUCAGAAGCCAGAAAGGACAAGAGACAUUGCGGCCAACCAAUAUCGCGAAUCCGCUGUUCAAAUGUCCCAAUGCCUUCAACCCAGAGAAACGAGUCUCCCGCACUCGACUCACAGUUGGCCGCUCGUUACCAUUUCCAUUCGUCCAGCUUGUACUUCGAGCCCGUGAAUAUUCCCCCAACCAUGGGAUUGCAAUAGAUUCCCUGGCUCGUCGAUACAAGGAUCGAGAUGGCGAAUGGACUCACCAGACAAGUUUCGCAAUAGUCAAUGGUCACUUAUUGGUACGCGUCAUCAGUUCAGCAUUCGCGGCGCCCGCGCUCCCCCCUGCAGGACUACGAAAACUUCUCUACUCCCCCAACGAUAACUUCACUCCCUAUUUCUCAGUCUGUGCCCAUUGGAGAGACGGCAAUCUUAUGCCGGCUGUUAAAUGUGCUCUGAGUCACAUCCCUAAGCCCCCAGACAGCGGCGGAGUGGUAGGCGUUGCAGAGAAGGUGAAACUGCACCUACAUCCUACCAACCCACUAAUCACUCUUUGUUCGCAAUGUCGACCAAUGCGCCGUUGUCCCGAGUGCCCGUCGGAAUACCUCAUGGAGUUGAGGAUGCAGGAAGAUAAGACCGACCUUCGCAAAUUGUUCAAGUAUGCCAUUGUUGUGACAAGAUGGAGUGAUCUCGGAGAUGGCUCUUCCCCACAAAGUCCUGAAUGGGCGGCUUGUAAUGGAGAAGCCGAUUUUGAUUCAUUUACAGCACUUGGCAGACGCGCAAUUUCAGGAGUCUUCGAAUCGCAAUUCACGGUGGACCAGAUUCCUGGACAAAGAAUCGUCUCGAUGAAUCCAAGUAAGGAGAAGCGUGGCGAAGCAGGACACGACUGGUACUGA